AUGCAGCUUUCUUCUCCGGAAAUACUCCCUCUAGCGACUACCCCCAUGUCUCUAGAGGUUCCUGUUAUGGGGGAUGGUGUUAUUUCACAAGUUUCUGGUAGUAAUUUGAUUCUCGAUCCAGUUGUUCCUCCGGGUUUUGAAGGUUUCCCUCAGUCUGGCUCUAUUGGAUCUCCAGCUGCUUGGUCCUCUCUUUUCGAUCAGAAGAAGGAAUCGGUUAUCUCUGCUGAUAUGGAGUUCUAUUCUUACCCAAUUCUUGAUGUGAAGAAAAAUAUGGAUAUACCUUAUGAGGUUUUUAAUGAUGAUAUUCGUCAAUGUGAAGACAAAGUUAUUGGAGCUUUUGUGGGUAGACGUUUGCCGUUUAAUUGGGUGAGAAAUGCUGUAAACCGUGCUUGGAAACCAAAAGGUAAUCUUCAAAUGACUAUUCAUGGUGAGAGUAUGUUUAUUUUUGAUUUUCAAUCAGCUGAAGAUAGAACUCGUGCUCUGGAAAUGGGGUCUAUGUUUAUCUCUAAUAGAUUGUUCAUUAUCAAACCAUGGUCUAGGAAGGUGGAACAAGAAAUUGCUGAAUUAAAAUCUUUACCUGUAUGGAUGAAUUUCAGGAAUGUUCCUCUAUUUAUGUGGAACAAUAAGGGUCUGAGCAUGAUUGCUAGUUAUCUAGUUAAACCAAUUCAGAAGAUGGUGCACAAAUGGGUUCAGAAGAAGAAUACUACUUCUACAGAUGAGGAGGGUUGGAUUUCAAAAUCUAAGAAUGGUGCAAAGAAUAUUAAUAUAAAUAGUACUUCUUAUAAUGUUGAAGGUAGGAUUGCAAAGAAUGGUAAGAGAGUUAGAGACCCUACAGAAACUGGAUCCUAUACUUCAGAAGAAAAUGUGGCUUUUGAAAAUAAUGAAAGUGUUCAUCCAGUUAUGAUGGACCUUAGCAGUAAUACAGUGCAUGUUAAUUUAGAUAAUCCUGUUCUAAAUGAAGUCCCCAUUAUUCAGUUAAGAGAACAAGGAAAUCUUCUUAUAAAUAAUAAGUUUAUUCUACUUCAUAAGAUGAAUGAAGAUAGUUGCUUGAGAGUUCCUGAUUCAAAUAAGGAGAACAUCCAAGGGAAUAUUUCAGUUGAUGCUGAAAUUUCAAAUGAAGCUUCUAGUUACGGUUAUAGAUCUCAUUUUCAGAAGAAAGGAGCUCUUACACCACCAGCUUUAAACCUUUAUCCAAAGAUUGCAGACUUGAACAAGUCUGCUAGAGUUGAAACUCAUGUUCAGACUAUCAACAAAUCAAGAAUUAAAAAUAAUAUAAAUCCUUCUUGGUGUUUUCUUGACAAUGAUACUAAUAACUGUUUUGGAAGAAUUUGGGUUGGCUGGGACCCAAGUAUAAUUCAAGUUAAUCUGCUUCUGGAUUCUUAUCAAGCUUUAUUUUUAGAAGUUACUUCUGCUAGGCUGAAUUUCAUUGUUACUGUUGUUUAUGGAGAUAAUUAUUAUCUUAUAAGGAAUUAUCUAUGGGAUAUGAUUGUUUCCUUUGCUGCCUCAAAUAGCAAGCCUUGGGUUCUUAUUGGCGAUUUCAACUCAAUUCUUGUUCCUUCUCAUAAAAUUGGAGGUUCUCCCAUUUUACCUUAUCAUUAUGAUGGUUUUGCUAAUUGUAGCCAGAUGUCUCAAAUUAUGGAUCUCUCUUUUACUGGUUGUUUUUAUACUUGGACUAAUUGUCAGCAAGAUGGUGCUAUUAUCAGAUCAAAAUUGGAUAGAGUAAUGGUGAACUUGGAGUGGAUUCAACUGUUUCAACUGUCAAAAGCAGAGUUUCUCCUUCCAGGUAUCUCUGAUCACUCUCCUGCCGUUGUGACAAUUUGUGAGAAUAGAAAACAUGGCCCUCCUCUUUUUAGGUUUUAUAACUAUCAUUCUGAGGAAAUGUAUUUUCUGGAUGUGGUUAGAGUGUCUUGGACCUUAUCUGUGAGAGGCAACCCUAUGAUUAAAUUGGUUAAUAAGUUGAAGAAUGUGAAGGUAGAUCUUAUUAAAUUCAGGAAGUCUAGGUUCAAAACUAUAUCUGAGGAAGUGAGACUGGCUAAAGAUAAUAUGGAUUCUGCUCAAUUACUUCUUCAAACUCACCCUCUUGAUCAUAAUUUGGCUAGAAGAGAGAGAGUUUAUGUUGCUGAGUAUGUAAAAUUGGCUAAAUAUGAGGAAUGUGCUCUUAAAAAACAAUCUAGAGUUAAAUGGUUACAUUUGGGAGACUCUAAUAAUUCUUUCUUUCAUAACUCUCUCAAAGAGAGGAGUUCUAGGAAUAAUAUGCUUUUUCUCUAUAGUGGUGAUAAUGUUAAACUUACUGAAGACAAAGAUAUUGCUAAAGAAUGUGUUGAUUAUUUUUCUAAUCUUUUUGGUGGUGAUCAAGAGGAAAGUGGGCAUGAUGAUUUUACUAGUUUAAGGUUUGAGGCUUGUAUUAAACAAGAUGAUUUGAUGAUUUCAUUAAACCUGUUACUAGAGAGGAAGUAG